ACUCGCCGCCACCGAGUGCUCCGGCCGCCCGCCCGCCCGCAGCCUCCGGGGCGCUUCCUCCUCCUCCUCCUUCUCCUCCUGGGCUCUCCUUUCACACACGCGCGAGCGCGCCCUGCCUCGCCGGGCCGGCCCUGUCCUCCAGCCCUCCUCGCGCUCGCCGAGCUUGAAUCGCCGCCGUCGGGGGUGGGCGGAGGAUUGAUGUCCCUUCAGCAUCAUGCAGCCGCCGCCGAGGAAGGUGAAAGUGACACAAGAGCUGAAAAACAUUCAAGGUGAGCAGAUGACAAAACUUCAAGCCAAGCACCAAGCAGAGUGUGAUUUACUUGAAGAUAUGAGGACUUUCAGUCAGAAGAAGGCUGCUAUUGAAAGAGAGUAUGCACAGGGUAUCCAGAAGUUGGCUAGUCAGUAUCUGAAGAGAGAUUGGCCUGGAAUAAAAACUGAUGAUCGGAAUGAUUACAGGAGUAUGUAUCCUGUUUGGAAAUCUUUUCUCGAAGGAACAAUGCAGGUAGCCCAAUCUCGGAUCAAUAUAUGUGAAAACUAUAAAAACUUCAUUUCUGAACCUGCAAGGACAGUAAGAAGCUUAAAAGAACAGCAACUAAAACGGUGUGUGGACCAGUUGACAAAGAUCCAAACAGAAUUGCAAGAAACUGUGAAAGAUUUAGCGAAAGGCAAAAAGAAGUACUUUGAGACUGAACAGAUGGCUCAUGCAGUAAGAGAGAAAGCUGACAUUGAAGCAAAGUCUAAACUUAGUCUUUUCCAAUCAAGAAUCAGUUUACAGAAAGCAAGUGUGAAGUUGAAAGCACGGCGAUCCGAGUGUAACUCCAAAGCUACGCACGCGAGGAAUGACUACCUUCUUACGCUAGCAGCGGCAAACGCACACCAGGACCGCUACUAUCAGACAGACCUAGUUAACAUUAUGAAGGCUCUUGAUGGAAAUGUGUAUGACCACCUCAAGGAUUAUUUAAUAGCCUUCAGCCGGACUGAGCUAGAAACUUGCCAAGCUAUACAAAAUACAUUCCAGUUUUUGCUAGAGAACUCCAGCAAGGUGGUCCGGGACUAUAACCUUCAGUUAUUUCUACAAGAGAAUGCUGUAUUUCACAAGCCUCAGCCCUUCCAGUUCCAGCCUUGUGACAGUGAUACUAGUUUAAAAGCCGCCCACCUGGUGGACAUAGAGCUCUCCCCUGUCAGUGCUCUGAGAAUGACGAUAGCUGAGAGUCGACAAUUAGAAUCAGAAACUGGUACCACAGAGGAACACAGUCUAAAUAAGGAGGCUCGGAAAUGGGCCACACGUGUGGCACGUGAGCACAAAACUAUUCUUCAUCAGCAGCGGGUUCUAAAUGACCUAGAAUGUCAUGGAGUUGCUUUAUCAGAACAAAGCCGAGCAGAGCUGGAACAGAAAGUAGACGAAGCUAGAGAAAGUAUCCGCAAAGCAGAGAUAAUCAAAUUGAAAGCCGAGGCCCGACUGGACCUGCUAAAGCAGAUCGGAGUUUCUGUAGAUACAUGGCUAAAGAGUGCCAUGAACCAAGUGAUGGAGGAACUGGAAAAUGAACGGUGGGCCUGCCCGCCAGCAGUGACCAGCAACGGCACGCUACACGCGCUUAGCGCAGAUGCCGAAAGAGAAGAAGAAGAGUGUGAAGACAACAUGGAUGCUUUGGAUGACAGCGGCUCCAGCCCUUCUGGUACCUUAAGAAAUUACCCGCUCACCUGCAAAGUUGUUUAUUCCUACAAGGCUUCUCAACCAGAUGAGUUGACCAUUGAGGAGCAUGAGGUGUUAGAAGUGAUUGAAGAUGGAGAUAUGGAAGACUGGGUAAAGGCUCGAAAUAAAGUUGGCCAAGUGGGUUAUGUGCCAGAAAAGUAUCUACAGUUCCCCACCUCGAGCAGCCUGCUGAGCAUGCUGCAGUCUUUGGCUGCUUUGGACAGUCGGUCACACGCGUCCAGCAACUCCACAGAAGCAGAACUUGUUUCAGGCAGCCUGAAUGGAGAUGCCAGUGUCUGUUUUGUGAAAGCACUUUAUGAUUAUGAGGGCCAGACAGAUGAUGAGCUGUCCUUUCCUGAGGGAGCAAUUAUCCGUAUAUUGAACAAAGAAAACCAAGAUGAUGAUGGCUUCUGGGAAGGAGAGUUCAGUGGGCGAAUUGGCGUUUUCCCAUCGGUGCUAGUGGAAGAACUCUCAGCCUCAGAGAAUGGCGACACUCCAUGGACAAAAGAGGUUCAGGUCUCUCCGUCCCCCAAGCCGCACACAUCCCUGCCUCCGCUGCCGCUCUAUGACCAGCCUCCCAGCAGCCCUUAUCCCAGUCCAGACAAGAGGAGCUCCCAGUUCUUCCCCCGGUCUCCGUCAGCCAGCGAAAACAGCCUUCAUGCUGAAUCACCAGGAUUCUCACAGGCAUCAAGGCAGACUCCUGACACCUCAUAUGGCAAACUUCGGCCUGUUCGGGCAGCACCCCCGCCACCCACGCAGAACCACCGACGGCCAGCUGAGAAAAUGGAGGAUGUGGAGAUCACACUGGUGUGACAGUGGGUUUACCCGCUGUUGCUGCUACAAUCAAGGCCAGGCUUGGAGUUUGGCCAGUCUUGUUUUUAGGCACCUUGCAUGAUGAUGGCUGUUCAUGAUUUGAACAUCAAAACUAAGGAGGAUUCUGUGACUGGUUGGCCUGAUUGUGCCUUUUUCGUUGUCAUUUUCCAUGUCAUCUCUCCUACAUAGCACAAAUCCUAGUGGGUCCUGGAAGCAGAGGGAGCAGUUCCCAUGUCUUAUGGUGGCCCAUUUUUAUACGAGACUCAAGGCCAGGCCUAGAUCCAGGGCACAGACCCAGAAUUACCAAUCAUGUGCACUCGUACAGUAUAUUACUGUGGCCACGAGGCUGUGGCAAAGAGCUCGUCUUUCUUCAAGUGGAUUUUGCUCUUCUGAUUAAGAGUUAAUCAGAUCGUGUUGGCUGUAUAAGGAAACUAGAGGGAUCCAGGAGAGGCUGGCUCCUCCCCCGAGGUUCAUUCACAUACCGAAAAUGCAACCCUACUGGAAAGAAAGUGGACUGCCUGAGCUUGGCACCAGUUGCAUUAAUGCAUAUUUCUUCCACAACUAACAGGUUUAAAAUAACAGUGUCCUCUGUAUUAAUAGUUAUGCCAUUCAUUUAGUAUUAGUGGGCUAACCUGGAGGGGCUAAAGCCACAUCUUGCCCAUCACAUAGAGUAGUAGAAGGGAGGCAAUGGAAGAAGCGGAAACGGAGCUUCCCCAUCUGAAAUGAGCCACUUUCGUGUUCUUUUUGUCUUUGGGUAUUUUUCCUCUUGGUUUUUACAGCAUAUACCCUCUGACCAGUAUCCUUUGAAGCCGAGUGUCUGACUUUAUUGAGGACAGAGGCCUGUAUUGCUCAGCUUCUCUGCUGGGAAAGCCCUUAUUUUAUUUUAUUCCCAAGCCAGAGUACUGUCCCAGACAUCUGGACUGUGAUUGGUGCAGACCGGCUGUCACCUUCUGCAAGUGCAGCCUCAGGUCCCUCUGCCUGCCGCCUAGGUGAGGAAGCUGUGGGCCCUGGAGGAAAGCCGCCUUCUGUGGGAAGGAGAAAGAUCCGCACAGGUGAGGCGAAGGAGACAGCACCUCCUGCAGGUCACGGAAGACCACGUGGUGCUCCCUCUGGCCCCAGCAGCAGGGCCCAGAAGUGCUGCGCACUCUGUGGAACGGAGGUCUUCUUAAAGUGAUGUUUGCCAAUCCUCUUUCGCCUUGGUUAGGAAAUGAAAUUCACAGAUUUAAAGUUGUAUGUUGCUUUGGUGUUUCCAUCCCUCCUGAGAGUCUCUAAACUUGAAAUGUUCACACGUCCCCGUGGGAUUCCUGACUGAUACCGGAGCUGAAGGGAUUUUCAGUCCUUCAGUCACGUCAGCAGAGAGACUCUGAUGAGUCAUCUCCAUGGAUUUGGAUUUUUUUUUUUUUUUUGCAUUUCUUUAUCUGUUGAUCUAUUUGAGGUCUUUUUAUGUUUAUCAAACUUAUUCUUAAGUUUAAAAAAUUAAAAGGGUGUUUUAGUAUUUUCAAAUUUGCUGGUCUUCAAAGUGCUUCUAACAGAGCAGUCCCUGCCACCCAGUCUUGUAUUCUCUUUAGCUAACCUAACUGUCCUUGGAUUUGAGUUGCCCAUAACCUCAGUGUUUUUUGAACUCUUUUGUUAUAUUUUAAAAUCUUUUUCGGAAGAGCUGCUAAUUUUAAGAAACAAAGUUGUAAAAAUAUGCCUCCUUUUUAAAAAAAUAAAAUAAAAUAACCCUUCUCUCCAGGCCGAAUAACCCAGCAUCACCAUGCACAGGUCAGGGCUCAGAGGGAGCCUCCGUGCAGAUGCGCUUUCUUUACAGUGGCUGUAAAAAGUUUGUAUUUAUUAUGUAUAAAAUGUUGAAUAAUAAAAAAUGGAAUUAAGCUU